GUGGACUUGAUGGACACUGCUGCAGGCUCUAGCUCACGCUUUGUCGCGCAACCAUGAUAGUCAUGCUAGCAAAUUAAAUAUAAAAAAACAAUCUAGAACGUAAAAGAACAACAACAACAACAAAAAAAAAAGGCUUUUAGCACAUUUCCAAUAGAUUCGCGAGCUUUGGACAACCGGCGAACGUCACAUACACGCCGAUCUACCGGCUCGGAGAAGCUAAUUACGCUAACGUUAGCUAAACUGUAAUAAAUAAUAAAUAAAUAAAUCAACAUUAAUGGCCACUGUGGCGAUUCCCGCUUGCACCACUGCUCUUUUGCUGGAUAUCGAGGGCACAACCACUCCAAUCACCUUUGUAAAGGAUAUUCUGUUUCCAUACAUACGGGAGCAUCUGGAAGAUUAUCUGUCAGAUCACUGGGAGGAAGAUGAGUGCAAACAGGAUGUUCAUCUUCUCAAAAAACAGAUCGAAGAGGACACGAGGCAGAACCGGGCGCGUCCCGUCCACGCAGUGGACCAGACGGUGCACACGGAUGAGGAAAAGGCCAUCCGGGAGGUGGUGGACGACGUGCUGUGGCAGAUGGCCGCCGACCGCAAGUCCACGGCGCUCAAGCGGCUCCAGGGUCACAUGUGGCGAGCAGCGUACUCGUCGGGCACAAUCAGAGGCGAGAUCUACCAGGAUGUGACGCCAUCCAUCCGAAGGUGGCGAGGGCACGGCCUCAAGGUCUUCAUCUACUCAUCGGGCAGCGUGGAAGCCCAAAAACUCCUCUUCGCACACUCGGUAGAGGGUGAUGUUUUAGAUUUAUUUGACGGUCACUUUGACACAGCCGUCGGUGCCAAGGUGGACGCCAAAAGCUACGAAAGAAUCGCAGAGAGGAUCGGCUGUCCGCCAGGGGAAAUCACCUUCCUGACGGAUGUCACCCGCGAGGCCAAAGCUGCGGAGGACGCCGGCGUCAACGCGGUGGUGGUGGUGCGGCCGGGUAACAUUGAACUGACGGAAGAAGAAGCAGCGCACUACCAUGUCAUCACGUCCUUCGGCCAGCUGCAAGUGACGGGGAGACCUUAAUGGAGGCGCAAAAAAACCUCAAGUAUACUAAUAUAUAUUUAAAAAAAGAAAAGGGCCCAAAGGUCUCCACCUCAGUGGUGUCAAAUUUGUCAGUCUUAUUUACAGUAAACGUGUUGUCGUAGUGACUCUGUUUCUCCUGAUUUUCACAUUGUGCAUCAAUUCCAAAUGAAGUGUCCAAUGAGCGUACAAAUAAACGCCUAAUCUUGCACAAAAGCUUCGUCGUCUCCAACACGGUCAGCGACCUUGUAAAUAAAUAGAGUAUUGAAAAUAUUGCAUGUGGACCAUCUACGAAAGACUAAAACCAAGAGACUUGACCGUGGCUCAUCAAUCCUACUGGGACGCGGGGCAUUUUUUUGUACAAAGUUGAAAUGUCACUUUUUCCACAUUUUCUUGUUAUAGAAAAUUGAAUAAAUAUUUUCCCCUUCAAAUUCUUCACAAAACAGCUAGUGAUUACAGUCAGGUUGGAGGAAUUUCGAGCCCAAAAACAUAACUUUAAAAAAAAAAUCACAUUAAAAGUACAUUUUGGAAUAUGGCUGGUGAAUUGUUAAUUAUUGUCUAAGAAACUGCAGACAACACAAUUACUUUGACUGAUCUUUGCAUCCUUAAUCCAAAUAAAAAUCUGAAUUUGAAAAAAA